GGGUCAGUCUGUACACGCGAGAAGUGACAGCAGCAGCGAUCAGUCGGCGCACAGCUGAUUAUAUCUCUUUCUGUUCACAAUUAGCCCCUUUAGCUUUCAAGUUACACAGACUUUAUAUUAUUUUCUUUACUUUUAAUUCACGUAAAAUGGUGUUUUACUUCACAAGUGCCGUGGUGAACCCGAACUACACAAUCUACAUGGGAAAAGACAAAUAUGAAAAUGAGGAUCUAAUAAAAUACGGAUGGCCUGAAGACAUCUGGUUUCAUGUGGACAAACUGUCUUCGGCUCACGUAUAUCUGAGACUACCAAAGGGGCAUACAAUAGAUGAAAUUCCCCCAGAGGUGCUGAUAGACUGUGCACAGCUGGUGAAACAAAACAGCAUCCAAGGCUGCAAGAUGAACAACAUUAAUGUGGUCUACACACCGUGGGCCAACCUGAAGAAAACUGGAGACAUGGACGUAGGACAGAUCGGCUUCUUUCGACAGAAAGAGGUGAAGAUCGUGGCGGUGGAGAAGAAGGUCAACGAGAUCGUAAACCGUCUGGAGAAAACAAAAGAUGAACGCUUCCCGGACCUGGCAGCAGAGAAAGAGUCGAGAGACAGAGAGGAGAGAAACGAGAAGAAAGCUCUGCUUCAAGACCAGAAGAAGAAAGAGAAGGAGGAGCAGAAGAGGAGAAAAGAGAUGGAGGACCUCAAGAACUACACUUCACUGAUGAAGGAUGAAAACAUGAAGACUAAUGAGGACGGUAACGAUUCAGAUGACUUUAUGUAAGAGGUGAAGCUCCGGCAGCGAGCAGCCAGAAUCCUCCUGCACCACUCAGACCUGCUGUCAGGACGCUCCCCUGCUGCUUCUGCUUGCUCUAACUCUGCACUGACAUUUGGAAAAACAACAACAAAGACAAAUGGAUACCUUUUUGCUUCUGGACACUUGGAGCAGAGAGCGAGCCAAUGAGAGACGGCGCCUAGGGAUUUAUUCCACACGCUGAUUGGUUCAGACGCUGCUUCCAAACCAAACAAGCUGGCUGGCCUCUACAUCAACAGAUGACACUGCAGAAGAAAAAAAGGACAAAAAGAAUGCAGAGGAUCAUUUUUGAGGGGAAAACACUCAAAUAGCAGAACUGUGUUUUCACUGAUAUUGUUGUAUGAUAAAACUAGUGUCCGGGUGCAAACCUAAAGGCUGCAAACCUCUUCUGUUCACUUUCUUUAUGUGUUCAUUUCUCUGCAUGUCAGAUUUUAUUCAAUACAGUUCAAUGUAUUAAACUCAGUUAAAGUUAUUCAUUGAAAGGCCCUUAUAUUAUUUCCCAAAGCACCAUAAACCAGCCACUAUCAUCCCACAGCAGAAACCACUGAAGUCCUAAAGGAUUAUAUUUUCUUAUGUUGUGUCCACAAAUUUCAGGCUGCACCUAACAUUUAUUUUUGUACUUUCCUAAUGUCCUAGCUGAUGUCUUCAAGUUGCUUAUUCUGUCCAAGAAACUGUCAAUAACCCAAAUAAAUUAUCCCACGUUUACAGUGUUUAAAAAACAGUAAAGCACAGGGUUUGUACAAAGUCUUAAAAGUUUAGAAAAUGCAGAUUUUAAGAUGUCAAUGUUAGGGAUAUGCUUGAAUAUAGUCCUUCAAAAAUGCUUGAUUCUCAACAUGAUCUGGUGCUUCAUCUACAUGGUAACUCGUGUAAACCAAAAAUGUUUUAAUAUUUAAAAUUAAGCACUCCUGUUAUAUUUAUCUGUCGUUUUCCGCACUAGUCGAGAUGAGCCAGCCAAUAACUAAUUAUCUGUUGAUCCCCUGACUGGAAACUAGCAAGCAUCAAAUAAUCAUAAUCAAACUUAUAUAUUACUGAUAACUGUAGAUUUAGAUAUGAUGGUAAUGACUUCCUUGAAACCUUGAAAGUGCUUUAAAUGUGCUUGAAUUCAUUAAUUAAUUAAUCUUAAAAAGCUGUGCAAACCCUGAAAAGCAAUUUCUUUUUUCAUAUUUAGCAUUUUUUGUUAGAAAAAAAUGAUUAAGAAUUAAUAGGUUAUCAAAAUAGUGCAGACAAGACAGUAAUUUGUGUCACAGGAUUGAAAAAUGAAUUAUAUUUCCGACUUUAAAUCUCCAUAGUAGUUAAGGUGGAGCCUUAAAGGGAAUUUAUGAUCCUAAUUCAAGGUCUUUUUUUUGUUUUUAUUACAAGCUUUAUACAAUUUCACUGCACCGUCUGCAGGCAGGUGAAGACAUACUUGUUGACACUAAUCUACUCUUCCCAGUUAUCAGCAGAAACAGUUCUGGAACCAACAAAACUCUUGCAUUUUGCAGGUUUAAAGACAAAACUAAACGGUUUUCCUGCAGGUUUUAGAAUGACAGCAGCUACUUUUACUCUCCUGUAGGUGGGGACAUCAACACAUCUACAACAUGCUGCAUUAAGAGAUUCUGCAGGUCUAAAAAUGCUGCCGUCUGCUAGAUGUGGAGAAAAUGUGCUUUGUGAUGUUAUAAGAACGUUACAAGCCAGUUUUUAUGCUGUGCUUUGCAUGUAAGAGAAAAAAUGUUGUUUAAACAUGAUGUCAUCACUAACUUUUAAGUUAAUUUCUGUAAAUUCAGUCAUUUCGUUUAUGUGCCAAGAUGUUCCGUUUCUGCUCUCCAUUGUUUAAAAUCAGAAUCACUGAACCAAGAUGACAAAAAAUGAGCAAUACUGAAAAGGGUAGCAGCAAAUGUUCUAAGUACUAUACUAUAUUAAGUAAAUGUAGGUGUUGGGAAUCAUUUGUCAUUUGUGUCUUUUAUGGAUCUGAUAAUAAGCUGCUCUAAGAGCAAACAAAAGGAUUUUAUGGAUCUUUUUUUUCUGAGCAUUUGGAAUGUAGCUUUGUUAUCAUAACUACAUGUGCUGUCAUUUGGAAUUAAAAAAAACAUUUUAAUCUU